AUGCUAUACAGCCAAAACCUGCCAUGGCGGCCUGCGCUUCGGAAUGUAUACAGGAUCACAUCACAGCAUAGCAGGACUGGUGCUCUGCGGCCGUACUCGGGCGGCAGGAAGCUGUCACUUAAUGGGUCGCAGUUGACGGCCUCGCGGAGGCACGCCGUACCCCUCGUGAGCCGAGGUUCUACGUCGACAUUCACAACCUUCUCCCGUCUCCUCAAGGACUCCUCAGACGACUCGAAAGAUAUAUCUCCCGAAGAGAUUGCCGCUCGGGCAGCUAAGGAGAAGGCGGAGCUAGAACGGAAAAAGGAGCGCGAAGAUGUGGCGGAGACAAAGUCCAAAGGCUCCGAUUCCUCACCGACCGCUGGCGCAUCAGGGGCAGGGCCAGUAGAUGGGAAGGGCAGCAGUGCGACUAGCGGCGGUGGCGAGCAAUCCGGAAGCGAUGGCGGCCGCAGGGGUCGCAAGUCUGCGAACGAACGAGCUCUACAAAAACCGACGGUUCCCGAAAUAUACCCCCAGGUUAUGGCGAUUCCGAUUGCCAAGAGGCCGCUAUUCCCUGGGUUCUACAAGGCAGUCACUAUAAGGGACCCGAAUGUCGCUGCGGCAAUUCAAGAGAUGAUAAAGCGGGGACAACCAUAUAUCGGUGCAUUCCUCUUCAAAGAUGAAAACGCGGACAAGGACAUUAUCGAGAACAUGGAUGAUGUGCACGACGUUGGAGUCUUUGCCCAGAUCACCAGCGCAUUCCCUGUCCAUGGCGAGCCCGAUGCCCUGACGGCGGUUCUGUACCCACACCGAAGGAUUAGAAUAUCAGACCUGGUAACGCCAAAUCGGCCAGGUACUGAUGCAAAGGCCGCUGGAGAGCAACCUGCAGUUACUGAACCUAUUAUUCCCGAUGUUAUACCAACAAAUCCAGAGACGGCCGCCGAACCUUCCCAGAAGAAAGGCGACGCCAUAGCGAGCUUCGAGGAGAUCCCCCCUGAGGCGAAGUCCGUCGACGAAUCUGCAGUUCAGUACGAGCCAACCGCAUUCCUACGAAAGUACCCGGUCAGCCUGGUCAACGUCGAAAACCUCGUUGAAGAGGCCCACGACUCCAAGAGCCCUAUUAUUCGCGCUGUGACCAACGAGAUCGUCAAUGUAUUCAAGGAGGUUGCAAGUCUCAACAGCUUGUUCCGGGAUCAAAUCUCCACCUUCUCCAUGAGCCAGUCUGCAGGGAAUGUCAUGCAAGAGCCUGCAAAGCUAGCUGAUUUCGCCGCUGCCGUGUCUUCGGGUGAGAUUGCCGAGCUGCAAGACGUGCUCGAGACACUGAACAUCGAGGAGCGCCUGCAGAAGGCCCUUGUCGUGCUCAAGAAGGAGCUAAUGAACGCUCAACUACAGUCUAAAAUCUCCAAGGACGUGGAAAACAAGAUUCAAAAGCGCCAACGGGAAUACUGGCUGAUGGAGCAAAUGAAGGGGAUCAGAAGGGAACUUGGAAUUGAGUCCGACGGGAAAGAUAAGCUCGUCGAGAAGUUCAAGGACAAGGCCUCGAAACUGGCAAUGCCAGAGGCGGUCAAGAAGGUCUUUGACGAAGAGCUUAACAAGUUGGCCCAUCUUGAGCCUGCUGCAUCCGAAUUCAACGUCACAAGAAACUACCUUGAUUGGCUGACCCAAAUUCCUUGGGGUCAACGUAGCGCCGAGAAUUUCAGCAUCAAGAAUGCCAUGACUGUCCUCGAUGAGGACCAUUAUGGCCUGAAGGAUGUGAAAGAUAGAAUUCUAGAGUUCAUUGCCGUUGGCAAGCUUAGAGGGACCGUGGAGGGAAAGAUUCUUUGCUUUGUUGGGCCUCCUGGUGUUGGAAAGACGAGCAUAGGAAAGUCCAUUGCGAGGGCCCUGAACCGGCAAUACUACAGGUUCAGUGUUGGUGGGCUCACAGAUGUUGCUGAGAUCAAGGGUCACAGACGUACAUACGUUGGGGCAUUACCUGGACGCAUAAUCCAGGCACUGAAGAAAUGUCAAACUGAGAACCCAUUGAUAUUAAUCGAUGAGAUCGACAAGAUUGGAAGAGGACAUCAAGGAGAUCCCGCAUCAGCGCUACUGGAGUUACUUGAUCCGGAGCAAAACAGCUCAUUCUUGGAUCACUAUAUGGAUGUACCGGUUGACCUUUCCAAGGUACUCUUUGUAUGCACUGCAAACAUGACUGACACAAUCCCACGCCCGCUACUUGACAGAAUGGAGAUGAUCGAGUUAUCUGGAUACGUCUCCGACGAGAAGAUGGCUAUCGCGCAACGAUACCUCGGCCCUGCUGCCAAGGAGCUUGCAGGCCUGAAGGAUGUUGAUGUCGACCUCAGCAAGGAAGCUAUCGAAGAGCUCAUCAAAUCAUACUGCCGUGAAUCUGGAGUCCGCAACCUGAAGAAGCAGAUCGAGAAAGUGUACCGCAAAUCGGCACUGAAGAUAGUUCAGGAUCUAGGAGAAGAUGUUCUUCCCGAGGCCGAGGCCCUUACUGAGGAGGGCAAGGCAGCCCUGGAGGCUUCUAAGAAGGAUAUAACGGACACAGUGGAAACAUCAGGCAACAUUGAGAAGGAGACAACUGAGGUGCCUCGUGCCAGUCUGGCCGUCCCUGAAAGUGUCCAUGUCACAAUCGACAAAGCGAAUCUUAAGGACUACGUUGGAGCCCCAGUCUUUACAUCGGAUAGACUUUACGAUAUCACACCACCAGGAGUUGCCAUGGGUUUGGCGUGGACACAGAUGGGCGGUGCGGCGUUGUACGUUGAGUCGAUUCUGGAGAGUGCAUUAAAUUCGGAAUCUCGACCUGGGUUGGCCACUACAGGUAACCUGAAGGCCGUCAUGAAAGAGUCCACCACAAUCGCCUACUCGUUUGCCAAAUCAGUUAUGGCGAAGGAGUUCCCAGAAAACCACUUCUUUGAUAAGGCAAAGCUACAUUUACAUUGCCCUGAGGGCGCCGUUCAGAAGGAUGGCCCAUCGGCUGGUAUUACAAUGGCAACUUCCAUGUUGUCCUUGGCCUUGGAUACGUCGCUGGACCCAACGAUUGCCAUGACAGGUGAGCUUACUGUCACUGGAAAGGUACUGAGAAUCGGGGGUCUCCGCGAGAAGACCGUAGCAGCACGCCGGGCUGGAUCGAAGAAGAUUAUAUUCCCUCAUGACAACCUGUCUGACUGGCUGGAACUUCCAGAGAAUAUCAAAGAAGGAAUUGAAGGGCACCCUGCGAAGUGGUACUCUGAUGUCUUUGACCUGGUGUUCCCUGAACUCGACGUUGAGAAAGCGAACAACGUCUGGAAGAAGCAGCUAUCCAAGCCAAAGAAGGAAGAUAACAGCGAAGACUCGGCGGACGAUGAUUGA